AUGGCUUUACAUGUGAAGAUUCUUAGCCACUCCCCUAACCUUUUACCAUCUUAUGUGCCUAUUGUUGUACAGAAUGAGGAGGAGGAGGAAUCUGUAUGGGCAUCUGCACUUAGCUGUUUGCUUUAUUUUGUAUGUGAUAGAGGAAGGAUCUGGAGAAAUCGAUUGCAAGGUCUUGAUAUAAGGGUGAUCAAGGCACUUAUAGAAAUCAGCUGGAAGAAUUCUUGGGCAGAAUUAGUUCAUUGUAAGCUUAUUUCUUUGUUAACCAACAUGUUUUAUCAGGUUCCUGAUGAAGCCACUGAUGCUGUACCGAGCACGCCUAAGUUUCUUGUGGAUCAGCUUGAUCUGAUUGGAGGAGUUCAAUUUAUUUUAAUUGGGUAUUCCCUUGCAAACUCAAGUGAAGAGAGGAGAAAUUUGUAUUCGGUGCUUUUUGACUAUGUUCUUCAUCAAAUAAAUGAAACAUGUAUAGCUACAGGAGUCAACGAAUAUAGUGAUGAUGAGAUUCAACCUCUUGCUGUGUUGCUUGCUCAAACUAAUGCAGCCGAGGCAUUUUAUAUAUCUGUUAAACUAGGGGUAGAAGGCAUUGGUGAAAUUUUGAGAAGGUCAAUAGCAUCUGCGCUGUCCAGAUAUCCUAACAGUGAACGAUUAAAUAUGCUCUUGGAGAUCGUAGCAGAGAAAUUUGAUGUAAUAAUAAGUUCAUUCACUCAUUUGGACAAAGAGUUCUCUUAUAUGAUUCAGAUGACGAAAUCACACAAAUUUCUGGAACAUAUCGAAGGCGUGGCUCUAAGAAAUGGUGUUGGUCUGAAGGCAAAGCUCUCAUGGACCACUUUACACUCCCUUCUUCACUCUGAAAGAAUGGCUUGCCGUCAAAAUGGUUAUAUAUGGUUAGGUGAUCUGCUUAUUGCUGAAAUUAGUGGGGGAAGGGGUGGAAGUAUAUGGUCAAAUAUCAAACACUUCCUGCAGAAAAUUGCUGAUCCUGGAAUUCAGGAUUCUUCAGAUGCACCAGAUGUACCUUUGCCUAUAUCACUUAUGUGUGGACUUUUAAAGUCAAAACACAACUUUAUUCGAUGGGGGUUCCUGUUUGUUCUUGAAAGGCUUCUUAUGAGAUGCAAAUUUUUGUUAGAUGAGUAUGAAAUGCAGCAUGUUAGCAGCACUGAUGGGCCUGAGCAGAAAGAUUGGCAUCUAGAGAAAGCCAAUGCUGUGAUAGACAUAAUGAGCAAGGCUUUGGGGCUGGUGUUUCAGAUAAAUGAGACUGACCGUAUCAAUAUUCUAAAAAUGUGCGAUAUUCUAUUCUCACAAUUGUGCCUUAGAGUUCCGCCUGCAGCAGCACUGUCCUUUGGAGAUGAUAUGCAAAUUGACAGAAGUUUAAAAUGCCUGAGUCAAAAUAAGAAGUUGGAUGGUGAUAAUCGACUCCUCAGACAAGAUACUUUUCAAUGGGAUGAACUUAACAAGGAAGAAGUUGACCCAAGAUCCAGCUACUCUAAUAGCUUCUAUCUGGAUCACGAAACUGCAUCGAUGGCAGCACUUCUUCUAAAAGGGCGAGCCAUUGUCCCAAUGCAAUUGAUUGCCCGUGUUCCUGCUGCCUUGCUAUACUGGCCAUUAAUCCAACUGGCUGGAGCAGCAACUGACAAUAUUGCAUUGGGUGUUGCUGUCGGAAGUAAAGGAAGGGGAAACCUUCCUGGUGCUACAUCAGAUAUUCGAGCCACCCUUCUCCUACUUCUUAUUGGUAAAUGCACUGCAGAUCCUCCUGCUUUCCAGGAAGUUGGUCACGAACAAUUUUUUAGGGAACUCUUGGAUGACACAGAUUCCAGGGUAGCAUAUUACACUUCUGCUUUUCUUCUGAAGCGAAUGAUGACUGAGAAACCUGAAAAAUAUCAACAUAUGCUUCAGAAUCUUGUUGUCAGAGCACAGCAGAGCAACAAUGAAAAAUUGUUGGAGAAUCCAUACCUUCAAAUGCGUGGAAUAAUUCAAUUGGCAAAUGACCUUGGAAUUGACUUGUGAUCUUGCUCGACCUGGCUUUCUGGGGGGUAAUAUUUAUUGAUUUGGAGUGGUGCAGAAGUUUGAGCAUUAAUGGGAGUUGAAGCUCUGGAUCUUUCAUCAUCUAUCAUUCAAUUGAUGUGAUUGACACACCUAUAUCCAGAUACAAAAAUAUUAAUGUUUUUCAAGCUUGUCCAGAAGGGUAUUCUUGUGAUUGUAAAAACAGGCCAGUGGGGUAAAGUGUGCUCAUAUGUUGGAUUGUUCUGAGAAAUAUUUGACAAUUAGGAAAAUAAACAAGUACGUGCUGAAAGACCUCAAUGCCUAUCGGUCUCCUGUCAAAUUACACGUUUGGUGAGCCAUGUUAGAUUUUGCCAUGAUCUCCUGUCUUCAGCUUGUGUUGGAACCAUUGAGGGGCCUGUUCAUUUGGGAAAACCCCUGUAAGUUUGGUAAUGGACUGAAAGUCAGGGAUUGGUAGCAUUUUAAGUGAAAAUUCUUUGUCAAGGGAUAGGUUUGGAGAUCCUUCAUUGUGGAUGCGGCUGCUGAAUGUUGCUGAUCUAAGCCUUGACGUAUUCUCAGAUGGUGCGAGCAGGCAUGCACUGCAUUCUGGUGAGACUCUGCAUAACUUCACGAAGGUUGUUUCUUUUGUACAGGCUUGGAUUUUCAUGGAGCCUCCAUC